AGAGAGAAAAUUAGCAGAAGAAAAUCCUUUGACUGUGAAUUCCCUUCCUUUUCAUUCGAUCAAAAUAAAUUUCUGUGAUCUCGUCCAAAUUCAGUGCAUAUGUGUGUAUUAGUGUAUAUAUAUACAAACACAAUUUAUACACGUGUAGACGCUCAUAUAUUCGUACAUACACUCAUCACAUGAAGCAACAUUUGACUGAUUAUUAGCUGUAUGUUGAGGAUCUGAAGGAAUCAAAAUUCACACCAAAAGUCGCCAUCAUUUCGGAGAUUUAGAGGAAAAAUCUUGGAUUGGAUGCAUAGGUGUGAGGAUAUCUUUUCAGUGCUCUGGGGUAAAAUUUCGCCCUUGGGCAGUCGUAACAGAAAUAACUAAGGAAAUGGCACCUUCCAACAGAGCUGAUAAGAAGGCUGCAGUGGAUGCAGCUGCAUGGAUGUUCAAUGUAGUCUCUUCAGUUGGAAUCAUUAUUGUCAAUAAGGCAUUGAUGGCUAAUUACGGUUUCAGUUUUGCUACAACGUUGACUGGGUUGCAUUUUGCUACAACAACAUUGACGACAGUUGUUCUUAGGAGGCUAGGAUACAUCCAACCUUCUCAUCUACCUACUCCAGAGCUUUUGAAAUUUGUCUUAUUUGCAAAUUUCUCUAUUGUUGGAAUGAAUGUCAGUCUAAUGUGGAACUCAGUGGGAUUCUAUCAGAUUGCAAAGUUGACCAUCAUCCCUGUAUCCUGCUUAUUGGAAGUUGUAUUUGACAAGAUUCGAUACUCGAGAGACACAAAACUUAGUAUCUCUAUUGUUCUCCUUGGUGUUGCUGUCUGCACAGUUACCGAUGUGAGUGUCAACUCCAAAGGGUUCAUUGCUGCAUUUAUUGCAGUCUGGAGUACAUCUAUGCAGCAGUAUUAUGUUCAAUUCCUUCAAAGGAAGUACUCGCUUAGUUCUUUCAAUCUUUUGGGGCACACAGCACCAGUCCAGGCUGCAUCUCUCUUGCUGUUAGGACCCUUUCUGGAUUAUUGGUUGACAAACAAAAGAGUUGAUGCCUUUGGCUUUAAUAUACCAUCUGUUGCGUUCAUCAUCCUUUCAUGCACUAUAGCAAUUGGUACCAAUCUCAGCCAGUUCAUCUGCAUUGGCAGAUUCACAGCUGUUUCAUUUCAAGUUCUUGGUCAUAUGAAAACCAUCCUCGUAUUGAUUCUUGGGUUCUUAUUUUUUGGAAAAGACGGUCUUAAUUUACAAGUAGUUUUUGGCAUGGUCAUUGCCGUUGUUGGAAUGAUCUGGUACGGAAAUGCCUCAUCAAAACCCGGGGGAAAGGAAAGGCGCAGCCAUUCAAUAUCCAAAAGCAGCCAGCAAAAGCACGGAGGAUUAUCCGAACCUUCUGAUGUUGAUGAGAAAGUCUAAUUAUUUCUGCAUUUUAAGGUUAGCAUACAAAUGACAGCAGAUACUGGAAUUUUUCUCACGUUCCAACUCUGGAAAUACUUCCCAAAUCAAAUUAUUAUUGGAAUCAUCUAAAUUUUGUGAGUCUUGCAACUUUUUUCAACUUAAUUUGAAUUAGCUUACAGGGAUAUGUACUUUGGAACAUUUACGGCUUGGUUUCAAAUUUAGAAAGGCUAUUUAUUGUGAUUAGGAAUCACCCUGAUUCUUGAUGUUUUAGUCCCCUUGAUCUUAUAAUUAUCACCAAUUUGUUGUUGGUUUCC